AUGGCACCCAAACAGGCGACACUCGGGUAUGUCAAGUCCGGCCAGAGCACGAUUGGAAAAUUCUUCGGAGCAAAAAACGCGCCAGUCCAACAAACAAAGCUUUCCUUCAGCACCAAGCCCAAGAAAGACGAGGUGAAAGAAGAGGAGGAGGCUGAUCCGAAGGUUCAGUCAAGUCCAGAAUCAAAAAAGAGAGCUCGCGCAAAGAAGAUUGAACUCGAACCGACCCAAAUUAAGAAAGAGGAAGUCGAUGACGAUAGCGAUGGACCUGUCACCAAGCGAGCACGACGAAUUCGGAGACGAGUUGAAGAGGACGAAGAUGAAGAGAUGAAUGAGGAGUCCGUCAAGAAAAAGGAAUCUGCUUCCUCCAGUAAAGUCAAGUCGGCCAGCCCAUCACCAAAACCGAAGUCACCCAAGAAGUCUAAGGCCAGGCCCAAAGCAAAGGCUGUCAAGGAAACUACCCCCGAAGAGAACGACGAGCCCACCAAAGAAGAAGCCUCGACCGCAUCUGCUUCCGAAGCUGAAGCGGAAGAUGAGGUAGACAUUGACGAGAAGCCUGAGGUUGCUGCAAAAGCUCGUGAGAAGGUCCAGACAAAAUUCAAGUCGAAAACCAAAGAUCCUUACCCUGAUUGGCAGCCUGGUACCCCUGUUCCGUAUGCCGCGUUGUGUACAACCUUCUCUCUUGUUGAGAUGACCACCAAGCGUUUGAUUAUCAUGGAGCAUUGCUCCUUAUUCCUUCGUCAGGUCAUGCGUCUGACACCUGACGACCUGCUGCCCACCGUCCUGCUGAUGAUCAAUAAGCUGGCGCCCGAUUAUGCGGGCAUAGAGCUGGGAAUCGGCGAGUCAUUGAUUAUGAAAGCUAUCGGCGAAACUACUGGACGAAGUCUCCAGGUGAUCAAGGCUGACCAGAAGGAAAUCGGCGACCUUGGGUUGGUCGCUGUAAAGAGUCGAUCGACGCAGCGGACCAUGUUCAAGCCCAAGCCUUUGACUGUAAAGGGCGUCCACCAAGGAUUGAUGAACAUCGCCACCGUUGCCGGCAACGGCGCCCAAGGUCGUAAAGUUGACGGUAUAAAGAAGCUUCUCGCUGCAGCUGACGCCAAUUCCACCGGCAAAGUGGAUAUUACCAAGGACAAGGGUGGACCAAGUGAGGCCAAGUUUAUUAUUCGAUUCUUGGAAGGGAAGCUGAGACUUGGUCUCGCUGAGAGAACUGUCCUGGUUUCUCUGGCUCAAGCUGUUGUUGCUCACGAGGCAGACGCUAGGGGCAAGGCUCCCAGUACCACUGAUUUGGAGAAGGGAGAAUCAAUCCUCAAAACGGUUUACAGUGAGCUACCCAGUUACGAUGUUAUCAUUCCUGCUAUUCUCGAACAUGGCAUUAUGAAGCUCCGAGAAAACUGCAAGCUUCGACCUGGUGUCCCACUGAAGCCUAUGUUAGCCAAACCGACUAAGGCUAUCACUGAGGUCCUUGAUCGGUUUGAAGGACAGAAGUUUACGUGCGAGUAUAAGUACGAUGGAGAAAGAGCACAGAUACACUAUGUGGCCAAAGAUGCACCCCAGGAACUAAACGAAGCGAGUCAGGGUGCGGCCAAGGAGGCGGCAGCUGGUGUUGCUAGUAUCUUCUCCAGAAACUCGGAGGACCUCUCCAAAAAGUACCCUGAUAUCCUUACCAAGCUCCACACAUGGGUCAAGCCUGAUACAAAGAGCUUCGUUCUAGAUUGCGAGACUGUGGCUUGGGACGUUGACGAAAAGAAGGUAUUGCCAUUCCAGCAGCUCAUGACACGAAAGAAGAAAGAUGUCAAGGUCGAGGAUGUCAAAGUCAAGGUCUGCGUGUUUGCAUUCGAUCUCUUGUACCUCAAUGGAGAAGCUGUUGUUGAAAAAGCCCUUCGUGAGCGACGAGAGCUUCUACAAACCGCUUUCAACCCAGUAGAGGGUGAAUUUGCCUUUGCUACCCACAUGGACGGCCAGGAGCUGGACGAGAUCCAAGUCUUCCUCGACGAGAGUGUCAAAGCGUCAUGCGAAGGCCUCAUGGUGAAGAUGUUAGAUGGGACGGAGAGCGGAUACGAACCCAGCAAGAGAAGUCGUAACUGGCUCAAGAUCAAGAAGGACUAUCUUUCGGGGGUUGGCGAUUCCCUGGACCUUGUUGUUCUGGGUGCUUACUAUGGCAAAGGCAAGCGUACCUCUGUGUAUGGUGCAUUCCUCUUGGCCUGCUACAAUCCAAAUUCGGAAACAUACGAAACUGUAUGCAAUAUCGGCACUGGGUUUUCCGAGCAGGUUUUGGAAGACCUCCACAAACAGCUCUCGGAAAUCACCAUUGACAGGCCCAAGCCCUUUUACUCGCACUCCUCUGGUGGCCAGCAUCAGCCUGACGUUUGGUUCGAGCCUCGAUAUGUCUGGGAGGUCAAGACAGCAGACUUGACCCUCAGCCCACGCUACAAGGCUGGUGCCCAUGAAGGUGUUGAUCCCUCCGGCAGCAAGGGGAUCAGCCUUCGAUUCCCACGCUUUAUCCGCGUGCGUGAUGACAAGAAGGCUGAUGCUGCUACAACAAGCCGACAGGUCGCUGAAAUGUACCGCAAGCAGGAGAGCGUGACAAAGAACAAAGGUCCUUCAGUUGAUGACGAUUUUGAGUAUUAG